GAGCCGGGAGAGCGGAGCAGGAGCUGCCUCAAAUGCUUGAAAUAAUUCCGCUUCCGUUCAGAGCCGGGAACAGCCUCCCACGGCACCGCGGCCUCGGAGCCGUCUGCUCCGUCCCACAGCCGGCAGCGGCUGGCCCAGCAUGGCAACCUCCCCGCAGAAGUCCCCUUCUUCCCCCAAGUCCCCCACCCCGAAAUCUCCCCCUUCCAGAAAGAAGGAUGACUCCUUCCUGGGCAAGCUCGGCGGCACGCUGGCCAGGAGGAAAAAAGCCAAAGAAGUGUCUGAAUUACAGGAAGAAGGAAUAAAUGCCAUUAACUUACCUCUCAGUCCCAUUCCAUUCGAACUAGACCCCGAGGACACUUUGCUAGAGGAAAAUGAAGUCCGAACAAUGGUGGAUCCAAAUUCAAGAAAUGAUCCAAAAUUGCAAGAACUAAUGAAGGUAUUAAUUGACUGGAUUAAUGAUGUGUUGGUAGGAGAGAGGAUUAUUGUGAAAGACUUGGCUGAAGACCUGUAUGAUGGACAAGUGUUGCAGAAAUUAUUUGAGAAGCUUGAAAGUGAGAAGCUGAAUGUUGCAGAAGUUACUCAGUCUGAAAUUGCUCAGAAACAGAAGCUACAGACAGUGCUUGAAAAGAUCAAUGAAACCCUUAAACUCCCUCCAAGAAGCAUUAAGUGGAAUGUUGACUCUGUUCAUGCUAAAAGUCUCGUAGCGAUACUUCACCUUCUGGUUGCAUUGUCUCAGUAUUUUCGAGCACCAAUCCGACUCCCUGACCAUGUGUCCAUUCAGGUGGUUGUUGUGCAGAAACGAGAAGGAAUCCUCCAGUCUCGACAAAUCCAAGAGGAAAUAACUGGUAACACUGAGGCAUUAUCAGGAAGACAUGAAAGAGAUGCAUUCGACACUUUAUUUGACCAUGCCCCAGACAAGCUCAAUGUAGUGAAAAAGACUCUCAUCACCUUUGUGAACAAGCAUCUGAAUAAAUUGAAUUUAGAGGUGACUGAACUGGACACACAGUUUGCAGAUGGUGUGUACUUAGUCCUGCUAAUGGGUCUCCUGGAAGGCUAUUUUGUUCCCCUGCACAGCUUUUUCUUGACUCCUGAUAGUUUUGAGCAAAAGGUUGUCAAUGUGUCCUUUGCAUUUGAGCUAAUGCAGGAUGGUGGAUUGGAAAAACCAAAGCCAAGACCAGAAGAUAUUGUAAAUUGUGACUUGAAGUCCACGCUGAGAGUACUGUACAAUCUGUUUUCCAAAUACAGGAAUGUGGAGUGAAGAAUUGAUUUGAGUCACAAAGGAGUGUUAACAAAGAAAACAUCAUACCUUGCAUAUCUUCCGUUUGUAUUCCUCUGCAUCUCUAUCCUAAAAGGAACAAAACCAUUUACCUGAAGAAUUUUUGGUUAUUAGUUGAUUAUUCUGGCACUGCUAUUUUCACAGUAGAUUUAAAACUAAUGUAACUUAUAAAGAAAAAGGGAUUGGGGGAAGGUAUCUGGGUAUUUUCUGGGAGAAUUCAUGUAUUGGUUGUCUUCACAUUGUUUUUAAUAGGUAAAGCAACAAUGAAAAAAAAAGUAGUAAGUUUGAUUCAAAUCAGCCUUUGGGGCCAAUCAUAGGAAUAUUCUCUACUGAGUACUUAAUUAUUUUUUACAUAUAACUUUUUUAAUCUGGGAAGGGGAAGAGUAUUUUCUAUCCAUGAUAAGACAGUUCCAUUCUAAUUGUGAGGAAUGUGCAUGGGGAGAAAGAGUUAAAUACACUUGUUCACAUGACAGCUAAGAAGAAGAAACAACCUGCUGAAUAUAUAGUUCCAGUGCUAUUAUUAGGCUUUAAUUUUUUGGGUACAAACUGAAGUGGCUACUCAUUCCUUCAGACUUACAGUGAUGUGAUACUCUGCUUCAAUAUGUGCUAUUGAGCAUUCCACAGAACCACACUUUGCAGCUUGUCACUUGUUUUUGUUGAAGGAAGGGAUCUUUUUUGCAAAGAACACUUUUCAGGAAGACACACCUGUAUAAUACAUAUUUUCUAUAAUAUUUGUAUUAUUACUUCAUUUUAGAAAGUAGAAGAAUGGCUUGUUUUUAUUUUGGCAGUUUAACCACAGGAUUAUCAGAUUGCAAGUUUAGAUUGAUUGCUAAAUAGAAUUUAGAAUUGUCCCUUUGGUUGAUUUUGUGAUGAAUGUAUGUUGCUGCAUAAUGUUCAACACAAAAAAUUAAGAUUCAUUUUCUAGAAAUGGUCAAAACUACUCCCAUCUGCAAAGAUUCCAUUAGAGUGUAAAGUUCUUUGGUGAUUUUACAUGGCUACAAAGAUUUUUUCUAAAAUUUAAUUUCCACCAAUUGAGCUAUUAUCUGUUUGGUUUUAGCUUUAACAAGGACACAAAAGGGAAAUGGGAGUUGAUUCUUCCCUUAGACUGUACCAAGCACCAGUUAUGCUUCCAGAGGAGGCGGGUGGACGCUGCCUGGAUCACUUCUGAAACAAAGUGUUCCAUUGCAACCACAAAUUCUUGGGAUCCUGGUUUACACAGUCGGGAAAAAAAAUUCCUCAGGCUGAAAUUCCUUGAUAACUCUUCAGAAAUCUUGGGAGUGCUUAGUGCAGGAAGGAGACUUGUUAACAGCCAUCCAAUUACAGCAGAGCUGGCUUAGGUCAAAGGAAAAGUGAUCUGUCAGUGCUUGACUCGUCACCAGGAGAAAGGCAGAGCUGGCAAGGUCACUCAGAAACAGCUGGGUGUUACUCAUGAUGUAAAGCACUACAUUUUUCCAUUUUCCAGGGGUUUUUAUUUUUCUUUUAUGUAGAGCUUUCCAGUACAACAUCAGCAUAGAGGGAACUCCAGCAAUUAUUUUCUGUCUUUGCUAAAUGCCAGCUGAUGUUUAGUGAUAAGGUGAUACUGACUUCUGUUGGGGGGCUACAAAAUUAUUUUCCUGAGAAAUAAUAUGAACUUUUCAAAGGGAAAGUCACUAUUCAAUUCAAAGGACAAUACCUAGGUGUUUUCCAUCUCAGAAAUUAUCUGAUUGUAAGAAGCACUCUAAAUAUCUUUAUUAAAAUAUUUUCUUACCUGUGUGUUUUUAAUGGAGGUUGUGAAAUUAGAGGUACAGAAAACAGCAGUUAUUUCCCCUUUACAGGGAGAAAUAGCUGGACAUUUUGACCUCAAUGAAAAUGAACAUUUUCAUUAUUGCUUUAGUAUUUGAGAAGCUAAACAAUAGGAAUUAACCAAACUUUUUUUUGAGCAAACUGAGGCAGAACUUCUCAUGUAUAUAUCAGGAGCAAUUUCAGCUUAUUUUAAUGUUUAACAUGCAAGUUCUUCCUUUGCACACCUAGUAGUAAUUGUAAUAGCUAACUAAAAAACAAAUGAUGUUUUUUAUGCAGACCAUGCUCAGCAACACUUUUACUACAUUUCAACAGUGAUGAAAGAUUUUGACAGCCUUUGUUUUCAGGAGUGCAUUCUUUAAAGAAUUUAUAUGGGUAAAGUGAACACUGAAGCAGUUUUCUUUGCCUGGGCUUGCAAAUAAGUAUUGCUUGUGCUAUAUUGGUAUAACAUUAUUGGAGAUUUAUCUGUCAGGCUCCAUUUCCAUCCUUAUAAAACAUAAAACUGAGACAGAAUUAUUAAAUCCUCAUGCUGAAAUGCAAUUAUGCAGAACCAUAGAAGCAUUUAAACAAUAUCCAACCUUUCCACAAUUAUCUAUCCUAUGGUAAGAAUUUAUGUAAAUUAAAAUCUGCUAUAUAAACAACAGUGUCCUAUGUAAAUAUAGAUCCAUGUGAUAGUUUUAACACUUACACACAAAUAGUAUAUGCUGCCAUGUAGGAGUGGGUCACUGCUUAUAUUUUUGACAGUGUAGAUUUAAAUAGCUAUCAGAUAAAUACAAAAUCUAAUAUAGAGAUUAUAUCUAAUAUUUAUUGCUUUGAUUCAGAAUAUAAGAGAAAUAUAGAAUACUACUGUAGACAGCUUGCUUUACAGCAGUUGGUGUAGGCCAGCCCUUUCCUCCAGGGAAGAGAAAAGUUAUCUAGGCCAAAUUCUGCCACACCUACGUUUCUUUUAUUCUUGAUACACAGCAGUGCCCCCUGACACACUGCUGAGAGCAGAACUCUCCCCACUCUUUAUAUAGAGAUAGAAGUUGUUUAAAUUUUAGCCAAACCCAGGUUUAUUUAUAAUUACCUAAAAUGAUUAAAUGGACCCAAAUCGAUUGAUUUAGCUCACGUGAGACAUGAGCAGCCACCUGGAGAGGCCAGUUCCUCUCCGGGUCCCAGAGGGAGCCUGCUGUCUCAGCACUUCGGAUCCUAAAGCCGAGUAGGGAAAAUCCAAGGCCCUGCCUGAGGAUCUCGUGGUGGUUUUGGGAUCUCACCCACCAGACCAAUGUGCCUGUCUCUUGUGCUGUGGCACACAAAGGCCCACAGGCAGCUGAGCCCACCAAAAGUGGCCAAUUCUUGGCCUGCCUUGAGUAGCAAUCAAGCAGUGAACUUUGCUGCUGCUGGGGCAUUGUGAGACCCCCAAAAGAACCAUUUUCUGUGGGUUCUGAUUCGUGUGCAUCCAGCAAUAUGGUAUCUAGGUUUCUUCUGUGGCUGGAGAUGGGCAUCUUUUCCCUCUUGAUGGAUCCUGGUGUGCUCUUUUAACCACACAGAACUUACUGUUUGGGUUUUUUUUUAAAGAGGAACUACAGGUUUUUCGUAGUGUGUCAAUAAGGUGUUGUGAAAAUAAUUACCUAACAUCCUAAUACCUUGAGGUCAGCUCCUUUCAGAUUUCUUUCUCAGCUGACUGGCUGUUAUUUGUCAUAAAGAACAAGUCCUAUAAAAAGGAAUCUUUGCAUAAUUUUACCCAAGACACACUCGUAAAGCCACGAAUUGGAUUGCUCUGUAUUUCUGAUGGAGUCCAGACAAACCAAGUUUCCUAUUAAAUUUGCUGAAAACUGCAGAAUAUGCAGUUCUUUACAUUUCCUAGUCAGGAGUAGCUCCAUGUUACAGAGGGUAGCAGCCCUUGCAGCUCCAUGGCUCAGGAAUUCAAGUGGACCAGCAGGAGCUGGAUAAGGUCCUAAUCUACUGCAGUGAGUUGUACAAGUGGCAGGAAAUCACCAGAGCCUCUCUUGCAGAGCAUUGCAGUGCUGGGGAAUGGUUGCAUUCAAGCAGACCAUGAUGAUUGGGGUACUUGGUUGGCUUUUGUUCUUUUUUAUUUUAUUUGUGUUCUUUUGUACUUUUUAUUCUGGAAGUAUGGUUUUAAAUUCAUGUUUCAGAUUAUUUUAGCAGACACCUUACUGCAAGCCACAGUGUUGUAAAGCAGAAUGGCUUUUAGAAGUUUAUUUCAUUAGAUAAAUAUGUAUGUGAUAUUUAAUAUACUAGAUGCCAGCCUUAGGUCUAGUUUUUGUUAUUCUUGUUUUCCUCUCAAAACAACCUUCAUUAAUGACCAAGCGUCCAAAGAGAAAACAGUGCCUUGAAGACCAAUUACAAGAUUUUUACACUGUUACCUGUAGUAGGCUUCUGUCAUUUUAUUGUAAGAAUUAGUGUGGGCUUUCUCUUCACAGUCAAAGUACAAUUACAGACUGAAGAAAUCCUUUGUAAAAAGUUACAAUUAGCUUGCCUGAAGGUAUUUUAUUUUGAUUUGUCACAUGAAAAAUUGACAUAGCACCACCAAAAUUUUAAAAUUAGGCAUACCUCAGUAUCCAUGGAUUUUUCCAAAGAGGUUUUGAGUCAUUCAACAUUUACAAGGGCUAAUUUAAUGUAUUCUAAAAAUAUUUUGUCUGACAUUGUUUCUGCAAUAAUGAGAUUUUCUUUUCUGUCUAACAAUUUAAUACCAUGCCUGCUGCAACAAUAAUAGAGUCAUUGGAACAUUUGGUCCUCAAUUUCAGUAUCAAAUUAACUGAGAAAAAAGAAUAUUUUCAAAAUUUGCUGAACAUGUAUCCAAAAUUAAUAAUUAUUAGUUAAAGUUAAGCUGCAUUGCCUUCAACUGCAGAGUUAGUAGCUUUCACAGAAUAUAUGUACUCUGUAAGUAAAAGACACACUCUUGCUGAUUUUUUUUCUGUGCUUUUCCUGAAACCUUUUGUUAUGAUCCACAAUAAAAUCUGCACCUGAAAAUCAA